UUAUUCUUGAUUUUACGAGUAUACAUACGUCUUACAAAGAACUCCGUGUGGUAUUUACUGCUUACAGGAAAUGAUGGACCUCAUCUGCGCGCUGCUCAGCGCCGUGCUCACCACGACGACGUUGUCAUUCGCCUACCCUAGCCCCGUCUACGGCCGCCUCCAGAGGAACGCCGUGCAGUACCCGGCGCAGUCCCAGUACCCCUACCUGGACGCCAACAACUACUACGCGGCGCUCAAGAACGCCGCGUUCGACCAGGCCGACUGGGCGCAGUUCCUACCCGCACCCGCCGGCUGGGCCGCCAGCGACGCCUACCCUGACAUAGCGGCACCGCAGGGAACCCCGGACGAAGAAUACCCCGAAGAGUACGACGCCACGGGCGCCGAUCUUGGUGCCGCCGCCGCCGCGCUCGGGUACGGUUGGUACGGACCUCCGAGUCAACCCCAGGACAUCAAGGAAGCCGCCGUCUUCAAGGACCUGCUCGCCAACUAUAUCACUAAGAAAUCUGAACGCAAUCCGGAGGCUCUGAGGCGAAUGAAAGCAAUGAGGAAGUUCGGCCAGCCGGCGGUCUUCUCGUCGGCUGUAUCGACGACCGUUAGGCCUAACGUGGCGGCCGCUGCGGGGAUGCAGACGGCGGACGUGACGUCGACGACGCCGGCGUCCACUCCGACGACGCCUGCGGUAGAGAAGAGCCAGGGAUUGGAUGGGCAAAAGGAGUUUGCCAUGUUCAGACCCGUUGGACCAUCUGAGAACAGGAAGCCAAGCUUUUGGUCCAUAGGGCUGCGGCAGACGACGAAUGGCCAGAGAGCUGAGGUGAGUCUCCUGGAUUUGUAA